AUGGAAAGGCGGCGGACAAUCAAAUUCGAUCAUGGCAACUAUGCGUUUGGAUACCAGAUCAAAGAUCCCUGGGGUGCCUCCAACUCACGUGAGGAGUCCGGUGAUGCCCACGGAGGCAAAACCGGCUCCUACAGCCUCCAGGACUCUGACGGCAGGUCUCGAACAGUUAAAUACUGGGCCGACAAAUCAGGCUUUCGGGCAAAAAUAAUGUCUAAUGAGCCGUCAGUGAUAUCUCAUGAGGCGGCUGACGCUUCCUAUAGUGGCAGCGAUGGUGGAAAGGGACACGGCGGCGGCUCCUAUAGUUACGGAGGAGGACAGGGAGGAAAGUGGUAA